GCCUCAGGGCACAGAACACAGGAAAACAUGUUAGUGUGGAAUUACACAAAGGUUCACUGUAUACAGUAGGCUAUACAUUGAAGGCAGCUGUGCAACUGUACUGGUUUAUUGGCGUGGAUCGAUAAAUGAUUGAGAUAAUUUAAGAGAUCUUCAAGGUAUGGUUCAUGUGUUUUCUCUUACAUAAAUGUGUUUUACUAUUGGUUUUCCAUUAAAUGUAUGUUUAAUGCAUGCGUAAUUCAUUUAGGAAACAUGAAGUCUGUGUGCUAUGACAUGUAUUCAUAUCUUUUUUUAAUUUACUCAUGUUUUCAAGUUUUUUAUUUAUCCUCUCUCAAUGUUUUCCAGUAUUGCAGAGACAAACAAAAAUUGCAAAGACUACAAACACAGUGACAAUGAGAGGCUGGAUUGCACUGCUGUUGCUGGCAAACCUUGUCGAUUUAUCCACAACACAAUCGACCAACUCUCUGACCUGGCUGAACUAUCUGCGCAACCGAGCCUACAGUCACGGUUAUGGCCGUAGUCACAGAAACAGUCAUGCAUCUGUAAAUACGGAGGAUGUCUCUUCUCCUCUCGAGUGUCCUUUGGAGUGUGACUGCCCUUCGGCCUAUCGUUACGCCAUGUACUGCAACAGCCGCAACCUGCAGCACGUGCCAUUCGUACCGUCUCACAUCAAAUAUGUCUACCUGCAAAACAACCAAAUCACGGGCAUCACUAACGGAGUCUUCGACAACGCCCCGAAUUUAUCUUGGAUCAGCCUCCAUUCAAAUAAACUGAGCUCCGACAAGAUCAGCGAUAAAAUCUUUGCCAAACUGCCGAACCUGCAGCGUCUCUUUCUACACAACAACAACCUCAGUCGCUUUCCAAAAGGUUUACCUCGCUCCCUGCGUGAAUUACACUUAAAUCACAACAAUAUCUCUGCGGUCCCAGCUGACGCUUUCGAAGGAAUGAGCAACCUGACGACACUGCAUCUUCAAGUCAAUGCCAUUGAAGACCUCAGCGGCGCUCUUCAAGGUCUACCAUCCUUGACACUUUUAGACUUGCGAGCGAACCGACUGAGGAAGAUUCCAGAAGGUUUACCGGCAAAGCUAAGCCAACUUUACCUCGAGUACAACCGUAUAUCCAGCAUCCCUGCUGACUUUCUGAAAGACCGACCUGAGCUGCGCUUUGUGCGACUGUCUCACAACCAGAUCACCAACAGUGGAAUCCCAGCCAAUGUUUUCAAUGUCAGCACACUUGUGGAACUCGAUCUGUCCUUCAACAAGCUGGAGAAAAUUCCCACUAUCAGCACCAGACUGGAAAAUCUCUAUCUACAGGCCAACAAGAUCAAAGAGUUUACAUUAAGCAGUUUCUGCAGUGUGGUGGACACAAACAAUUACUCAAAUCUGCGUGUGCUGCGGAUGGAUGCCAACAAAAUCAGAUCUCAGGACAUCCCUUCUGAAGCUGUACUGUGUCUGCGUCUGGCAACCAACAUUGAUGUGUAGGCCUUGCAUAUACUGCCAUCAAACUGAAUCACAUCUAACAAUAAAUAAAAAAGCGUUCUAAGUAGGGAUGCGCUGAUACAACAUUUCUGUGCUGAAACUGAUAUUCGAUUAUUUAGAAUGACAUCUGUUGAUACGAUACAUAUUGAGUUUAGUUUUUUACUCCUUGUUUCAAAUUAUUUUGUUAUGAAAUCCAAGAAGUACAGAACGUACAAACUGCAUUUCUGUCCUCAUUGAGAGCCAAUUCAUGAUAAUUACACAGCAUGAGUUCUGGUGUGUUUGUCUGCCCCGAGUCAAUCUGCACUGAUUAUUAGCCGUUUUGAACAAUCGGCCAUUGUCCGAUAGUAGGAAAAAUGCUUUUAUAGGCCGAUAUAUCGGUGCAUCCCUAAUUCUAAAGGGACAUUUUCAUAAAUCACUGUAAUGUGAUCUAUAUUGUUUCUUCUGAAAUAAUAACAAACACAUUAGGCACUCAGUAUUAACAUAUAGCUAUCUUGGGGAUACCAGUUAUAAAUGCAUGGGAUAAAUGAGACCCUGUCUUUAAAACCCAGACUAUGUGAUUUGGAGCAUCAAAGUUCAAAGUCAUUGAUUUUACAUUGAUUUCAAUCUUUGACAUGGCCUUACUCAGUCAAUAUUAAAAAAGACAGGGUCACAUAUAUUAUGAAUAAAUAAAGAAAUAUUAAAUACAAGUGUGGUGGGCAUGUAGUAAAAAUAAACAUUUAGCUGCAUGAGAAGAAAUUGUAUGCCAAGGCAUAUCAUUUUUUUUAAUUGACGAUUAACUUUUGUUCUGAACAGUAUAUCUGAUUAUUAUAAUGUAGUCAUUGUGUUUACAGAUCAUUGUUUCAGUAGAUUCUAUCUGUGUAGCUGUAAAAUAUAUAAUAACGAAUAAUGAUGUAUCUUUAUCA